AGAAACUUCAUAAGAGACUUCAGUCUUCAGGUGUUGCAUUUUGCCAUUUUUGCAUCAGAAAAUCAAGUCUUCAAGAUGAGAAAACUCAAGUCAGUACUUCAUGUUCAUCACAAACAACAAGAACAACAAUCAGGCAGGAGAUUCACAUUCCAAGAGAAAGGAUUACGCACAAUCUGGAUUGUGGGUGACAGCUAUGUCCGACGUGGCCAAAGGCAGGCAAAGGAGACCAUGGGGACAAAUCUCGGUGUGUCUGCCCACAUCCAGUGGUUUGGCAGGGGAGGCCUCUGUUGGGAUGGACUACUUCCCUGGUUCAAGCAGUGCAUGAAAGGAAGAACUGCUCUAGACGUACUGGUCAUUCAUUGUGGGGGCAAUGACCUGGGACGUGUGAAAAGCACAGAGCUUCUGAAAGUGAUGAAAAAGGACUUGCUUACACUCUACAAACAGUUUCCCCAGAUGAGAAUCCUGUUUUCAGCCAUCAAUCAGAGGUGCCACUGGAGGCAUGCCCCCCCAGAGAAAGUGGAUAAAGCCCGGAAGUUUGUGAACCAUGUGAUGGCAAGCUUUGUUCUGGCUGUUAAUGGGAGGACUGUGCACCACCCUCACAUUGGCGUGGAGUAUUUGCCAGAAGACCCUUCAACCAAGGUGACUUCAUCCUUAAGUAUAGAGGCGACCUUAUCUCUGACAUGGAAGCACAGAGGAGGAGAGAGUGUUGAUGGCGCCAAAGAAGAUGGGUCCCUUAGUCGGCUCGUUAACGACGACCACAAGAACCCAAAUAGUAGGAUGAGGCUAGUGGAGGUUGAUAAGAAGAGUCACAUUUGCCUCUUCGCUAUCCAGCCCAUAAGUAUAGGCGAAGAAAUUUCCUAUGAUUAUGGAGGAAAUGACUGGCCAUGGCGAAAGAAGCCAGCAGAGGUUCCGCCAAGAACCCAGCGUGACAGUGCGGUUUUGGACAUGGUUGCCGUUCCAUCUACGGAGUCUGCUCUCAACACUCCUCCAGCUACUGUGGGAGGCGUUUCAUCUUGCUCAGAGCCCCGUGACAAGAAACCAGCAGAGGAUCUGCCAAGAACCUCGCCUGACAGUGCAUUCGUGGACACAGUCACCGUUCCUAUGGAACAGCCUACGGAGUCUGCUCUCAACACUCCUCCAGCUACUGUGGGAGGCGUUUCAUCUUGCCCAGAGUCCCGUGACAAGAAAAGUGUGGACAAAAAGGCAGCAGAACAGACACAGACAAAACGGAAGACAUCAGGACAGCACCGGCAGCGGACUAUUAAAACGCAAGAUGAGUCGGCAGUGGAUCGUUCUUCAGACGACUUGGAGUCGGAUGGCACAGUGGAUCAGUUGGGUGAUGAAUCAGAAUGGGAUUCCUUCAGCGUAGGAAAAAAAAGAAACCAAACAAACAGUAAUGUGCUUGUUCAGCAAAAGAAAUAAACCAUGUUCUAGUUGAUAUCUCAUGUUUGGAUGUGAAUUUAUUUUUAAUAUACACAUAUUCUAACCAUCUUAUUACUAUUGGUGUAAAUGUUGAGCAUUUUUUCUGUAGGUUUGCACCUGCUGGCUGCUUUGUCUGCUAGUAAAUUGUCCAAAAUGUGUAUUCUUGAAUUAUUUACA